CCCACAAAUAUGUGAUGGAAGAUAUCCAUGAGGGAAGUCUACAGCAACUCAGAGCUAGCACGCCUCCGUUGAAUCCGAUACGGAUGAUAAGGGUAGCGUUAGAGGUGGACUCACAAGAAUUGUACCAAGAAGCUGUCAACGAGCUUGCGAAAACCGACAACAUGGUGUCGCUAGAGGAGGCCCGCCAUAUUGGGAUCGAGGCCUUUUACGAAAUAUGCUCCCUCCAGUUGAAGCGAGAGCGCCAGUUACGGGCACAUGCACAUGCACCUCCUCCACCCUUCAGCCCGUUCCAGCAAGUCAUAUUUCAGCAACCUCGAAGAUGGUAG